GAGGCUUGCAUGGUUACCGCGCCGGGGGGUGCAGCGGGCGGGUUGAAUGGCAGGGGGGAUGUGAGGAGACGAGGGACAUUUCAGUCAAUAUCCAAUUAUUCUUGUUGCGGCAUUGCACUUCACUGCUUGGGUGAUUGGCCCUGCUAUGGCGAGCGUGUUCAGUUGGUGUGUUGGGUGUUUGUGCGUUGUCUGUUGGUGCGUUGCAACAAUGGGCCGCAAGUUACUCGCAGCCGCAGCCGCAGCCGCAGCCGCAGCACCAUUGCACGAGCGCUGGUUGCUUUUCUUGCUGUGGCUAACGCCCGCGGGGCAGAUUAAGUUUGCUGGGGCCUUGUCUCACCGACUGACCGCGUCCGUUGCAAGAUCCAACGGCCACUCAGUCAAGGAGCUCGAAAACAAGACAUUCGCCAUUCAGGCCCCGGCUACACCCAGGAGCUUAUCUUCUGGGUUGACAUCUUUCUGGCUGACUCGGGACUCUCAGGGGGGUUGUGUGUUCAUUUGCAAGGCAGCGCGCAGCCGCCGGCAGGAGGACUACGCCAGUCUCACACUCAGCUGUUUCUUCCAUUCUGCUCCUCAACGAUAUCUGCAGAACCGAGACGUGUUGUCUUUCGCGAUGUCGGACGAGGUUUCGGUCCCCACGAAUCUGAGCGGGCUGCCCUGGACCUGUGGGCUGUCGGGCGCCGUAUGGUUCAUUUCGGACAAGGCGGUCCUGAAGCGGGCGUUCACCGACGACGAGCCGUCCAAACAGCAGCUCCGGGUAGAGCGGCAGAUCUACGAGCGCCUCGGCUCGCACCCACGGAUCCCCGCGCUCCUCGGAACCCAACCGGAUGCCCUCAUCCUCCAGCGGCUGCAGUGCUCCCUGCGCGAGCGCCUCCUGGAGCACCGCGCGCGGAACGAGCGGCCGCCGACGCCCGAUGUGCUGCGGUGGGCGCUGCAGACGGCCGAGGCGAUGCAGUACAUCCACUCGCGCGGCGUGUGCCAGGUCGACGUCGGCACGUACAACGUCCUGCUCGACGCGGACGGCAACGUCAAGCUCUCCGACUUUGCUGGCUCCUCCCUCGACGGCUCCCCGCCCCUGAUCUGCCCCAGCGCGCACGCGACGCACCCGCGGCUGUCAACCACGCAGCCGUCCGUCCAAUCGGAGCUGUUCGCCCUCGGCUCGCUGCUCUACGAGCUCGAGACGACGUAUCAGCCAUUUCACGACAAGAACGACGCGGAGCUGGAGGCGCUGUUCGGCGUGGAUGUGUUUCCGGCUACAGACGACUUGCUGCUGGGAGAAGUGGUGAGAAAGUGUUGGAUGAGGCAGUAUGGCGGUGCGGGCGAGGUGGUGGCCGACAUCCAGCGGAUUCGAGAUCGUGUAGGUGACGCAGUGCUCUCCCCCGCUCCACCAGAGCUUGGAGAACCGGGGACAGGUUCCGUCGACACGGAGAGUUCGGCGCGGUGCUAGCGGCUGGCUAUCGCACAGCGCGUAGACCUGCACUUGACUGGCGUGCUUCACGCGUGGUUGCUCAAGCUCGUGGAUAAUCUGGCUGGUUCUCUAUAUCCGCCUCGGCAACCCAAGCUUGAUUUGACGGGGGGAACUCCACCUUGA